CCUGAAGUCCUCCCAGCGCGGGGCUGGCCCGAGUGAGCUGGCUGGAGGGAGGGGGCGGAGUGCGCAGAGUCAGCGCCGGCGGCUGCCACUGUCGCGGCCACUGGGACGUCUGGCUUGAGCCCGGGGCGGCGGGAAGUCGUCAGGCCGCCCGGACGCGAUGGGGCCGCUGCCCUAGCCUCGCUGACUGCUGGCAACGAGAGGAAGGGGCUCGGAUCGGCCUGGAGUGGGGGCGAUGCUGAGAAGCAGUCAGUUUCCUGCACCCAACACCUAAGCAGCCGGGGUCCGGGCGCCCCGCGGGCGGCUGCAGAAGGCGGCGCGGCGCGGGCUCGGAGCCCAUGUCCGGGGCGGGCGAAGCCCUCGCUCCGGGGCCCGCGGGGCAGCAGUGCGCGGCCGAGGCGGGCGGCGGCCGGCUGGGCUCCCCGGCCCUCGAGAAAUGCAAUGAGGACAAUCCUGAGAAAGAUAUAAGUCAAGCUACCAGUUGCCACUCCAUGUAUGGACUGAUGAGGGACCAGUGCAUUUGGGGAAAUCCUCCAGAUGGUGAACUAGUCAGAACCCAACCUCAGCGCCUGCCUCGGCUGCAGACAUCAACACAGGAGCCCAGCCAGGAGGAAACAGGCAAGAUAAAGAAUGGAGGCCACAAGAGUCUGAGCAAUGGGAAUGGAAUUCCUCAUGGAGCUAAACAGGCACCCACAGAUAAUCACAAAAUUUCAGCUCCUGUUUCCCAGAAAAUGCAUAGAAAAAUUCAGUCCAGCUUGUCUGUCAACAGUGAUAUCCAUAAGAAGAGUAAAGUACACGCUGUCUUUUCCCAAAAGCCUGCUUCCUCACCAGAAGACUGUUGUGUCCACUGUAUCCUGGCGUGCUUGUUCUGUGAAUUCCUGACCCUCUGCAAUAUUGUCCUGGGACAAGCUUCAUGUGGCAUCUGCACCUCUGAAGCCUGCUGCUGCUGCUGUGGUGACGAGAUGGGCGAUGACUGCAAUUGCCCUUGUGACAUGGACUGUGGCAUCAUGGAUGCCUGUUGUGAAUCCUCAGACUGUUUAGAAAUCUGUAUGGAAUGCUGUGGCAUCUGUUUUCCGUCAUGAAGACUUACCUUUUGUUUGUAUUAAAACUGGAGACAUUUUACAAUAUCUCUUGUAGGGGAAAGAAAAGCACAUGGUAAAAUUCUCAUGAAGCAACUCAGUGUUUGCACUGUUAACUCAUUAUGUUUAAGGAAUCUCUGAAAUUCUUCUUCUUUCACUAAAUCUAUAUGGUUUAAUAUGUGAAGUUUUUACUAACUAGUUUUUGAAGCUUUUUUGUAGAUGACAAUAAUUGGAAGACAUUUACACACACACACAAACACACACAAAUGUUGUCUGUCUUCUUUCUGUUGACAUAUGUGUUUUUCCUAAUCAUUCUCAGCAGCUCUUUGCUUUAAACACAACAUUGCUCAAUAGGUAUUUAAACCAGAUCAUUUAUCUUUGAUGUUUAUCUAUUAGAGGUUAAAAGUGAACAUUCAUUAUUCUAAGUAAGCACAUGUACUGGGCAGAGCCGCAAACAGAUGUGGGACUCUGCAUGUUGGUCUGCUCUGUGUGCUGUCACCUCCAGUGUUCUACCCAGAGGGCACUGAGAAAGAUCAUGCUGCUGUCAUUCAGAGCAGCAUGCAAUGUAGUGGAGGAGGGCAGGGUGGGAGCUAUAGAGAAUGAACCAGAUCCCAAGGCAUGCUGGUGUCAGGACUGAAAAGGAAAGAGGGCAUCGGUAGAAACAGAAGCAAAGAACAGGUUAUUGAGGAAGACUUGAAGGAGAAUGUGGCAUUUUGGAUGCCUUAGGAUGAGCUACUUAAAUUUAGGAAAAAGUUUAAGGUGGGUGGCCUGAACUGUCUGUGUUCUGAACAAGUGAAAAAAACGUGCCUCCAUUUCACAACACAUCUUUCUUAAAACUAUAAAAUCAGAACUAAUGCAAAUAUGCACUUUCCUACACUUAAUUUAAGUGUUAUAAAUUUUAAUGAAAACAUAAUACCUUGUUAACAUAACUAUAUUUUACCAAAAAUGUAGAACACGUUUUAACAACUUUCAUUUAAAUGAGUUUUUUUUUCCAAGAUUUAAAAAACCCUAGUAUUCUGAUUUGGGGUUUUUCCAAAGCUCACUUAUAUUUGAAAGAUUUGUUUCUUUAUGUGGGGCUGUUGGGGGAGGGGGGCCCUAUUUAUUUUGGUUGGCUUGUAGCCACAGUCUUGUAUUUCACAAGCAUGUGUAUCUUGCAUCCACUACAGGAGGAGCUCAGAUGUCUAACACCAUCAUCAAAUAACAGCAUUCCAAUUGUAUGUUAAAUUAUGUCAAUGUGCCUGGUUAUAAAGAUACUAAAAGUAUAAAAAUAUAUGUCUGUGACAAGAUUAUGUAGUGAUGGGGUCAGCUCUCAUGAAGUCAGUUCUUAUGAAAGGGAGUGUUUGGUUUUACACAUCCUCCCACAUGAUUUUUUUUCUCUUCAGAUUUUAAAUUUAGUUGCAUUGACUAAUUCUUUGCAGACUCUUGAAAGUAUAUUUGAUAAUUUAGUGGUUCUUUAUAGUUCCAGAUUGUUAAAAACAAUGCAUUUUUAGGAAGCUUUUAGACAAACUAGAUUUUAGGAGACCUGAGCUUUUUUUUUUUAACAUGAA